GUACUUGACAACAGCAGCAAAUGCAGCAAAGGAAAGGAAGGGGAUCGAAAGCAAUAAGAACGGAUUUGGAUAUCUGCGGUUCGGAUGCGCAGGUGGAUUCAUGCGAGUUAAAAGAGCGAAAUUGUUUGCCUCCGCGGCCGUGCUAGGCGUGGGAGUUGAUCACCACCAACACCUGUUCAUCUUUCUCUUUUUGCCAGAGCCGGAUUACCAAAAUGAACAUCCUGGAAACGUUAUUUGGGCGCAGCAUGACUCCGGCUGAGCGACUACGGCAGCAUCAACGAGCGCUGGCCAAGGCACAACGAGAACUCGAUCGAGAGCGCACAAAGCUCGAACAGCAAGAGAAGAAAUUGGUUGGUGACAUUAAACGCAGCGCCAAAGUUGGACAAAUGAAUGCCGCCAAAGUCCAAGCUAAGGACUUGGUGAGAACGAGGAAAUACGUGCAAAAGUUCUACCAAAUGCGCACUCAGCUACAGGCAGUCUCUUUGCGAAUCCAGACACUGCGAAGCAAUCAACAAAUGGCAGAUGCUAUGAGAGGCGCUACAAGGGCGAUGGCAUCGAUGAAUCGUGGCUUGAAUCUACCUCAGAUUCAACGAAUCAUGACUGAAUUCGAGAAGGAAAGCGCCACCAUGGACAUGAAGGAGGAAAUGAUGUCUGACGCUGUCGACGAUGUGAUGGACGAUGAAGUUGAAGAUGAAGAGGAAGAAGGGGAAAAGAUCCUUAAAGAAGUGUUGGAUGAGAUUGGUAUAAAUCUACAGCAGCAGCUAAAUGAUACACCGACGGCGAUCGCCACUAAUGCCCCAUUAACUUCUGGACGACAAAUGGUUGCUUUAGGUGCAUCAGACGAACCGUCUGCGCCAUCCACUCGGAGUGGGGGAGAUGAUGACUUGGAUGAGUUGCAGGCGAGAUUAGAUAACUUAAGAAAGUCAUAAUUUACCGCAGUACUAGUUGAUUGUAAUUCCACAUAAUAUACAUAGUCGUAGCGCUGAGA